UAAUCAUCGAUAACAGCAUUGUAAGUUGAACUUUUAGUUUUUGUGGUAUCAACAGAUGGGUAUGGCUUCUUCUGUUUCUCUAGCCACAAUUAAAUUCAUAGUUACAGUGGAAUAAGGAAUUGUAAUACAUAGUAAGUGUGCCGCAUAACAUAUAUUAUACUUUGUCAGCACAUCCGAAUAACGAAUAGCGACAGACUGUAGAAAAUAGAGGUUGACAGAUUGGCAAAGAUGGCUGACAAUAAAGACUUUGUACCACUCUUCGACAACGAUGAACCUAAACAUGAAAUUGAUCUUGACGACGAUGAUAGUGAUAUUUUUACCUCUGCAAUACAGGAACAAAAUACGCAUGAAAAUAUUUCACCAUUUAAUGGUGAAUCCAAUAUUCAGACAAAUCUGCCAAAGUUAUCGUUGAAAGAUGCCACACAAGAUAAUUCAUUGUCUACAUUGUCAAGCCCAGCUGCUCCAUCAGGUCCACUUAGUCCUCCUUUGGAUCCAACGGGUAGUGAUAUUGGAGAUCUACAUGAUGUUCCAAUUAAUGAUGAAGGAGAGCCUCCAAGUAACAUAAUUAAAUCUCAAUCAAUGGAAGAAGUACCAACAGAACCAUCUGACAUGUUUAUGGAAAUCACAAUCACUUCUCCACAAAAAAUGGGUGAUGGUAUGGGCUCAUAUGUAGCAUACAAAGUUGAAACUAAAACUAAUAUUCAGAUGUAUAAAAAAAGAAGUUUUAGUGUAAUUAGACGUUUUAGUGAUUUUCUUGGCUUGCACGAUAAACUCACAGAUAAAUACUUACGUAGUGGAAGAAUUAUACCUCCAGCUCCUGAAAAAAAUGUCAUUGGCACGACUAAAGUAAAAAUGUCGGGAGAAAAAACUCAAGAACAGAACUCUCUUUCAUCCGAAUUUAUCGAAAGACGUAGAGCCGCUUUAGAGCGAUUUUUGAAUAGAGUAGCAGCACAUCCUAUUUUCUGUAUAGAUCCAGAUUUUCGAGAGUUUUUAGAAGCAGACAUGGAAUUACCGAAAGCUACAAAUACUUCUGCUUUGAGUGGGGCUGGAGUUAUGCGGUUAUUCAAUAAAGUCGGAGAAACAGUUAAUAAAAUAACGUAUAAAAUGGAUGAAAAUGAUACGUGGUUUGAAGAAAUGGUGACUCACAUCGAUUCACUUGAUUCACAACUUCGUAGCUUACAUGCUGCGGUAGAUGUUUUAACAAGUCAAAGAAAAGAAUUGGCCCAUUGUACGGAUGCUACUGCGCGAUCUAUUGCUGUUUUGGGACACGGUGAGCCUAGUGCAUCACUUGGUAGAGCUUUGGCUCAAUUAGCUGAAACGUUAGAGAAAGUUGAAUCAGUGAGAAAAGCUCAAGCCAAUUGUGAUUUGUACCAGUUUGGAGAAAUGCUACGGGAUUAUGUUGCACUUAUUGGGGCUAUUAAGGAUGUUUUUCACGAACGAGUUAAGGUCUUUCAAAAUUGGCAACAUGCACAAAUGAUAUUGAACAAAAAACGCGAGCAAAAGGCUCGUCUUGAGCAAGCUGGUCGUACAGAUAAGACAAGUCAAGCAGCUACGGAAGUGAUCGAGUGGGAAGCUAAGGUCGAGCGUGGACAGGAAGAGUUCGAUAACAUAUCUCAAAUGAUAAGAAAAGAGGUAGAGCGUUGUGAGAUAAUAAGAAUACAGGACUUUAAAAAACAGUUAACUCAAUACCUUGAAUUGAUGCUGCAGCAUCAAAAUCAGCUCAUUAAGCAUUGGGAGAGCUUCUUGCCCGAAGCGAAAGCUAUUGCGUGAACAAUUAACUAAAUAAAAUGUUGCAUUUUCGUGUUUACAGAUGGUAACACGAAAAUGAACUAAUUCAACCAAUUUCAGUGUUAACUAAAACCAUGCCAGAGUCAGCUUGAAAUAAUUAUCAUGGUUGAUGCAUUAUGUAGAAAGGGAAAAAUACUGUAACGUUAAAAAGUUCUAAUAGAUCAAAAUAAUACUAUUUUGAAAUGAUAUAAUAUAGUCACAAAAUAUAUGUUUUAUAAUUUAUUAAUUAUAUAUUAUAAUUAAUGCAAUAUAAAACGAUAUAAACUUUGAUUUUCAAAAUUUAGGAUAUACACCUGGAUUCGGCAGUGAAAAUGUAGAUUUUCAAUUCUUUUAUGUUUCACGUGUUGUUUAAUAGUAGCUGUUAAAUCAAUGAGUAGGAAUCGUUCAAGUUGCAUUUACUAAAAUGUAAAAUGAUUCAAUCACCACUGUAAUAUAUACAUUGUAAGUGAUUGAAUCUAUACUAGUAUUAGACAAUUUUGCAAAGUUCCAAGAUUGUUGUAAUAAUUAGGGAAAACUAAGUUUUUUAAUGAUCUAUUAUUUCUACUAAUUAAAUUCGCCACACCGAUUUUUUUUUCCGAAUAGAGCGCGGUAUAUAGUUAAACACUGAUUGUACAACCGGGAAACGUCUAAUUAUGUAAAUUAGAUUUUUCAUUAUUGAUAAAGUAAAUUUGUAUAAGAUUUAUUGCAAUUGAGUUUGUAGUUUUUAUUAUUUGUAUCACUGUUAUAUAACUAGUAUAUAUAACUAUUUUUAUUAUCAUAUUAUAUCAUUAAAAUGUUACU